AUGGAGAGGGGCCAGACGGCGAAUCCUGUCGCCGGGGUGCAGCAGCAGCCGGAAAUGGGUCCCGCUGCAGCAACCUUUCGCCGGGACAUGAAGGGGAGAGUGAAUCCCGUGUUCAUGGGGCGGCUGCAUCACUGCGGCCAGGCCUGUCGCUUCUCCCCCUUUUCCGAGAGUCUUGUGGCCGUGGGUUCUUCGCAGCUGUUCGGCAUGGCAGGCCCUGGCUCUGUUGAAGUCUUUGUGCUGCAGCAGCCGCAGUCUCUCCCAGCAGCCCCGGAGCUGCCCCCUGGAGUCCGACACACUGCAGACAUCCCCGCAAACCCCAGAGAUGUGCUUCAGCCGCAGCGAGUUGCCCUUUUGAACCACAAGGAGGCAGUGAACGACGUGGCCUGGUCGGAGUUGAGUGCGCAGACGCUGGCAGCUGGGGGUGGCGGCGGGGCCAUUACUGUGUGGCGGCUGGGGCAGCAGCAGGGGCCCCCGGGGCAGCAGCAGGGGCCCCCGGGGCAGCAGCAGGGGCCCCCAGGGCAGCAGCAGGGGCACCCCAAGCAGCAGCAGGGGCCCCCCACGCUGCCUGCGCUGCCUGCAGCAGGAACCUUUGGAGGCGUGGCUGUGCAGGAGCUGAAGGGCCACACCCGCGACGUGACCAGCCUGAGUUGGAGCUGCGUAGAUAAGCGGCUGCUGAUUUCUUCUGCGCUGGACGGGCAGCUGCGGGUGUGGGACAUGCAGCACAGCAGCAGCGCCGCCAUCCGCGUGCUGCAGCACAGCGCAGCAGCAGGCUCCUGCUUCUGCUGCUCCUCCCCUGGGGAGGCUGCGCUGGUGGCCUCCGUGGGCGCAGACUGCCGGCUGGCUGUCCACGACUUGCGCAGCCCACAGGGGGCGGAGGGCCCCCAGGGGGCCCCCACAGCUGCUGCCUGGAGUGUUGCAGCACACCCCUGCGAAGCCCUGGCUGUGGACUGGAUGAAGCACCGGCCCUGGCAGAUCCUCACGGGGGCUGCAGACGGCACUGUGGCCCUGUGGGACUUGCGGAGAAGCGCGGGGGCUGCAGGCGCUGCAGCUUCGUCGGGGCCGCCAGCUGCUGCUGCUGCUGCUGCUGCUGCUUGCCGGGUGUCCAGCACCCAGGCGCACCAGCUCGCCGUAAGGCGCGUGGCGUCUCACCCAUUUGAAGCCCGAAGGUUCGCCACUUGUUCAUAUGACAUGCAAGUCAAGAUUUGGGACGCAGAUGAGGGCACCACAAUUUCAGUAUCCCCAGCUUGCAAGGCUGACGGACAGAGCAGCAGCAGCAGCAGCAGCAGCAGCGCGACGCUGCCGUCGCCGCUGGUGCCCGGCAGCGGCUGGGUGCGGCUGCUCGCUUGCUUCGACCACCACCGGGAGUUCAUUUUAGGCCUUGACUGGUCAGUCUUCAAGUCUGGCCUUAUUGUUUCCACUAGCUGGGACCGCAGUGUCUGUGUCUGGAAUGCAGACUCCGGCCCUGCGCCGCCGCCGGUGCCGAAACGGCCGCUCUUUCUCAGAUUGAAAAGUUCCACUUGA